AAUGGCCAAUCACUGGCCCUGCCAGGCACGUCCUCACCUCACGGUCCGGUAAUAAACCAUUGCUGGGCUGCCCCAGACAUUUGAUUAGACUUCCAAAUCACUCCUAGCACACAGCUGACCGAUCAACCGCUCCGAAAUUCAACACACUAGACCAGCACACUAGCCGUCCCAGCGGUCCGCCCUCAGUUCCCUGGGGGCGGUCAGCGGGCACACCGCCUCGGGGGCGCCCGGGGCUGACCUUGCCUCGGUUUCUGACCUUGGCAGCGCGGCGGACCAAGGUCGAGGCUGAGGUGGAGCCGAGGCGGCCUUUCUCCGCGCGCGGCGCCGCCAGUCGAGCGCUGGCUGCCACUGUGACAGGAGGCUGGAGAGGGCGCCCCGCCCGCGCGCCAGGAGCCAGGCAAGAACGACUCGACUGAAUACCAAUUCACCAAAGUAACAAGCUGGAGUGACUUUUACGACAGUGCCGCGGUGCUGAGUUCCGAAAGGAACUCGGAUUUGUGAACGACCAUGGAGUUGGCUAAAUUUGCUCUUCUGCUGGCCAUCUUUGGCUCGACCACUGCUCAGUUCCGCGCCUUCCCCGGAGGCAGAAAGGCCUCCGAGGACUUUGACUGUCCCGAGGACUUUGGCUACUACGCCCAUCCCACCGACUGCUCCAAGUAUUAUGUCUGCGUGUUCGGAGGUGCCCUGGAGGAAGUCUGCACUCCGGGACUCGUCUACAGUGACGAGCUGCUGACCUGUGACUGGCCGAGAAACGUGCAGACCUGCGAUCCGACAACGAACACGCCACGACCGCGCUUCACCACCGUGAAGAUCACGGAUCCGCGCACAAGCGCGCGGCGCACCACCGAGCCCUUGACGGCACCGACAGAGGCGACUGUACCGGUGGCGCGUGGCCGCUCCGCCGCCUCCCGCCGCCGCCAGCCCAGCAGGCGACGGCCGGUGCCCAACAGUCUGGCAGAGACGACACGCGCCUCAGCCUCGACCCGGCGAGGUCCGGUGCGGCCCAGGCUCAGCUCCAGCUCCAGCUCCAGCAGCUCCAGCUCCAGCACCGGUCCGUCCAUCGCCGACCGGCUGAGACUGCUGGAUAACCUGGACCAGAGCCCGGCCGACCGCGACCUCGGCUUCGAGGGCGACAACAACAAAAUUGUGACUCGUCGCCAGCACAAGCUGCUCAGUCCGAGCUCGAGCAGCGGCCGCGGACGCUUCCAAGAGGAGCCGGCCGUCCAGAGCGUGCAUGACCGCGACGCUCUCUCCAAGGGCACGGACGCACCGGUGCGUCUGGCCACCCUCUCGUCGUUCUCGUUCGGCGACACGGGCACCCGUUUCCCUCCGCGCGCGCCCUCAUCGCCGUCGACGUUCGUCUCGUCGACGCGUCGGCCGGUGUUCCCCUCCUCAUCGGAGCCGACGACCCGUCGGACGGUGGAGGUCACGUCGACGCCAACGGCGCCCACCGAGCCCGCCUACGUGGCCUACGUGAACGACACCGUCUACGACGUCUACUACAUCUACGACGACGAUGAUCUGGUGUAUGACGACUACGACGUCGCGUCGUCCACCACUGAGGAGUCUGCCAAUGCGGUGGACACAACGACGCGGAGAACGACGGUGGCCGAGCCUACCAGCCGCCCAACAGCUCCCGCCACCCGACGCGGCUGGCUGUCGGCUGAUCGUCCGGCCAGUCGGCUGCGCCCUUCGCUGGUGCCUCGGGAACAGGACGAACGGAGCACGGAGGCAGCGGAACCCACCACCACCACUACCACUACUACUACCACUACUACUACCACUACCACUACAGCCAGCACUACCACCACCUCAACCACAACCACCACCACCGAAAGACCAGUCUUCGCACUGCGAAACAUCGUCCGGCCAAGUGCGACAACGCUCGGGAAGACGGAGCCGUCUGAGCUCACUUCCUCCCGUGGCUCCACUCUCAGCUCCACCCGAUCCUCCACCCUCGGUUCCACCCGAUCCUCCACCCUCGGCUCCACGCGGCCGUCCAGGCCCUUCUCCACGCUGGGUUCGACUCGCUCCUCCACGCUGGGCUCCACGCGUUCCUCCACGCUGGGCUCCACGCGCUCCUCCAGCCGGAUCGCCUUCCCGUCCACGUUUGUGCCCAACUCUGGCCGUGGCAAGGAGGAAAAGGACACCACUGAGACCACUGAGAAGCCGACCACUUCCCGAGGUAGGCAGACCUUCGUGCGGCCGAGCGCCUCGGCGGCACCUGUGACCAGCAGUCGACGCACCCCCAGCACCGGUCUCAAGUCCAUCGAGUCGCCCAGCACUCCGCGACGCACCUCCAGCCUGGUGUUCCCGAAGAAGAGCAAGAACUCUGUGGUUGAUCAUACACCUAAGAAAAUUACUGUAGUUGGACCGCCUCCGAGCAGGCCAGCGCCCCUGUACCCCCAGCCGCUGCCUGACCAGCCCGCAGAGCGGUGCGACGCGCGCUGCAAGCUGCCCGACUGCUCGUGCGGCGGAACCGCCACUCCAGGCGACCUCGAGGCCAAGUCCACUCCUCAGCUGGUGCUGCUUACCUUUGACGACUCGAUCAACGAUAUUAACCACGAGCUGUACAAGGAAAUGUUUGAAACGGGACGCAAGAACCCCAACGGGUGCCCGAUCUCGGCCACAUUCUACGUAUCGCACGAGUGGACCGACUACAGACAGGUGCAGAACCUGUGGGCAGAUGGACACGAGAUCGCGUCACACUCCAUCAGUCACAGUUUUGGUGAGCAGUUCUCCACGUCUAAAUGGGAGGCGGAGAUCAACGGACAGCGCGAGAUCAUCUCCGCCUACGGAGGUGUGCCUGUCGAGGAGGUCCGCGGCAUGCGCGCGCCCUUCCUCUCGAUCGGCGGUAACCGCAUGUUCAAGAUGUUGUACAACAACAACUUCACAUACGACUCGUCGAUGCCAGUGUACGAGAACAACCCGCCCAGCUGGCCGUACACGCUCGACUACAAGAUCCACCACGACUGCAUGAUCCCGCCCUGCCCCGGCAACUCCUACCCGGGCGUGUGGGAGGUGCCCAUGUCCAUGUGGCAGGAUCUCAACGGAGGACGGUGCUCCAUGGUGGAUGCCUGUACGGCCCCAGAGACGGCCGAGGAAGUCUACAAGAUGAUGAUCAAGAACUUCGAGCGUCACUACACGUCCAACAGGGCCAUCUUCCCGCUGUACUUCCACGCGGCCUGGAUGACCACUGAGCACCAUAAGGAGGGCUUCAUGGCCUUCCUGGACACGUUGUCCAAGAUGGACGACGUGUGGCUGGUAACCAGUUGGCAGGCCAUCCAGUGGAUGCGCGACCCUCAGCCGCUCAGCACCGUCAACAACUUCAAACCGUUCGCCUGCGACCACCCCGAGCGUCAGCGAUGCAACAAGGCAAAGAAGUGCAACUUGUGGCACAAGUCUGGGGUCCGAUACAUGAGCACGUGCCAGCCUUGUCCGGACAAAUAUCCCUGGACUGGAGCCACCGGCGUCAGCCAGUCCUGAGUCGGUUCUGAGUCUCGGUGCAGAGUCGAUCCAAGUCAGACUGCAGGUGGAAUUGCUGCUUUUACCUGCUGAGACAUCAAUGCCGGAUCCGACUGGACACAGACCUAUUUCAGGACAAAACUUCUUUCAAUAAUGUAUAUGCCGUUGCGACUUAGAGACUGUCGAAGCCCGGGUUCGUGAAUGACAUAGGACCAAAACGUCCUUGAGGGUUUUGACGUUUGACGAGUGCCACCGGUUUCCUGAUCCAGCGUUCUUCGUCUGGGGGAGCAACCAUUUUGCACAAUGUACUGACGGAGGCUACACAACGGUGUCAAUGUCAUGAGCCUUCGCGCUUGCACGGCUCGAAUGUCCAGCGCCGCCGGAAACGCAGUCCGGUCGCCGGAUUGCGAUUCUGCUGGUGCUGUACCUUGGAGAAAUUUGCGAACAGGGCUAUCGAGGGGCUCACCUUGUGUAUGUGUGUUUGUGUGCCUUCCUCCCGCCGAAAUUGAGACUGGUGUACUGUUUGCGAGGUUUAGUGCCAGACGGUGAACGCGACUUGGCAUCGCUGUUGUUUGCGCUGGUCUCGCGGGCAGUCGAGGAAGGUAUCAGGUUCUGCAGCGGGAGCUGGAGCAGGGCAACAAAACAGUCCGCGGCGUAUUAUUUUGACGCAUUCGUUUAUAAUUCGCCAAUGCCUUCCUUACAUGACAUGGCCUACGAUUUUAACGCACGUCGCAGGCCAAUUUUAAUGCACUUGACAAGCUCUUCUUGACAAGUGACGUGGCUAUUAGAGGCUGGACCUUGACAGUGGUCGAGUAAGUAAUUCGCUUUAAAUAUGCACCAGGCGAGUUUUUGUCUGUAGCGACGAAAGCUAUGAUGCCGCAACGCCAAACUGUUUGAGGCCACAGCCCGGCGGUGGCCAUAGUUUGUUCACCGGCUGCAGCUGCCAACCUGUGCACUGAGGAGUAUUAGGGGAACUGAACACUGGAACUGAACGUUGCCCCCCGUCACAGGGGCUACAGACCGCGCGGUGUUCAAAGUUAGCGUGCCAAUAUUCGUGAUACUGUCCACUCGAGACGGGACGGCGAGUGCAGGACGCUGUUGUUACCUGAGCCCGGGACGGCGUGACUCGUGCUCACGCCCUCGGGCCGUGGGUGGCGAUCAGCGACAUUACGAAUGUGUGUGGCACGUCGGUAACGGAAACUCCGUUUCUAUUACCUAUCGACUUCACAUGGUGUGUUGUGUAGAAUAAAACGGAAAUGUGUGUUCAUCAUUGUGUGCAUAUAUUCUACAAUAGUAGAAUCGAUUCUUGAUCGAGGUAUUGUAAAUAAACCAGAAUGAUAGUGAA